CUUUAAAUCUUGCGCAGGCGUGUUAGGACCUCAUCGCUAUGCGGGUGCUUGUGGGUGGCGGAACAGGCUUCAUUGGAACAGCCCUAACCCAGCUGCUGAAAGCCAGGGGCCACGAAGUGACAUUGGUCUCCCGACAGCCCGGACCCGGUUGUUUCACGUGGGAUGAGCUUGCUAGAUCUGGGCUGCCCAGCUGUGAUGCUGCUGUCAACCUGGCAGGAGAGAACAUCCUCAACCCUCUCCGAAGGUGGAAUGAAGCCUUCCAAAAAGAUGUUCUUAGCAGCCGCCUGGAGACCACCCAAAUGCUGGCUAAUGCCAUCAUCAAAGCCCCACAACCCCCCAAAGCCUGGAUCUUAGUCACGGGUGUAGCUUACUACCGGCCCAGCUUGACCGCAGAAUAUGAUGAGGACAGCCCAGGAGGGGAUUUUGACUUUUUCUCCAACCUCGUAACCAAAUGGGAAGCUGCAGCCAGGCUUCCUGGAGAUUCUACACGCCAGGUGGUGGUGCGCUCUGGGGUUGUGCUAGGCCGUGGAGGUGGUGCCAUCGGCCACAUGCUACUGCCCUUCCGCCUGGGUUUGGGGGGCCCCAUCGGCUCAGGCCACCAGUUCUUCCCCUGGAUUCACAUCAGGGACCUGGCAGGAAUCCUGACCCAUGCCCUUGAAGCAAAUCACGUGCAGGGGGUCCUGAAUGGAGUGGCUCCAGCCUCCACAACUACCAAUGCAGAGUUUGCCCAGGCCUUGGGCACUGCCCUGGGCCGCCCAGCCUUCAUCCCUCUCCCCAGGACUGUCGUGAGAGCUGUCUUUGGGCAAGAGCGUGCUGUCAUGCUACUGGAGGGCCAGAAGGUAGUUCCACGGCGAACACUGGCCACUGGCUACCAAUAUUCCUUCCCAGAGCUGGGGGCCGCCUUGAAGGAAAUUGUAGCCUAAGUAGGGAGGUACAUGGCAGGGACUGAGGCCCAUCCCUCAGAGAGGCUUCCUAGUUACAUACUGAGAAUAGUCUGGUUCUUAAGAGAUUCCUUUCCCAUUCCUUUUUUUUCUCCAUUGUUCUUCCACCUUAUUUAUCUGAGAAACUCUCCACAGUCUCAAGGUUAUAAUCUUAUCAAAUUAGGACUUUUACUUCUUCCACUCCUUGUAAAAGAAUUUCCAAGUUUAGUUUUUGUGCUGCAUUAUUGUCCCAGUUCUCUGUGUAGAAAAUGCUCUGCAGGUUUGGCAAUAAAGAUAAAUUAUCUCACUA